AACAUGGCUGCCACACGAGCUCUCCUUCUGGUGGCGAUCGGCGUCGCGGCGGUUUGCUUACUGGCGACAGCUGCUCCCGCUGAGGAAACAAGGCCGGCGGAGGCAAGUGGCCCAGCCCUGACCGCAGCGGCACCGCCACAGACCGCGGGCAAGACACAGGAAAGCGACGAGUCGAAAGAAAGCGACGAGGACAAGAAGACGAGGAGAGCAGCGGGCGACGAUGGCGAUGACGACGAUGACAGGAGAAAGAGGGAGGCGGCUCCCGUGAAACCCGGCGACGAUGACGACAACGAGAGGAGGAAGAGGAGCUGGUGA